AUGUACGGCUCACCGAACAAAGGACCUCCUGGAUACUACAUGUUGGACAGCCGAUAUGCUCAUCGCGCCUACUUCCCACAAGAGUACGCUGAACAAAGAUAUGCUCCUGUGGGAGGCUUCGUGCCAGCAUACUCGGCCCAUCCGAGCCCCCAUCACCCCUUCAUGCCCUGGCCAGCCGAACAAAUUCCCGUCUUUAUCCCAGCAGGAGGCCAUCCCGAUGCUUUCCUGGGCCACAACGGCGAAGGUCUCGUUCGCACUGAAUCACACAACAGUUCCAUCGACUCACGUGACUCUAUCAACUCCAGCGGCAAGAAAUCAAACUCACGAGGAAGAAAAUCUCCCUCAAAGAACAAAUACGUCCCAAUCAAGCAACGCGGCAGCAUUCAACUUGCUGAGAUUGAGGAAAUCGCUCAACAAGCAGAGCGCAUGCGCAUCAACGACAACUCAAAAUCUCCACGACAGCGUCGCAACUCUGGAGAAUCAGGUGGCUCGUCGAAUGAUUCCGGUGUGAUCCAGUACUCGGACGAGGGCGACUACGACGCGCCAACUCAGGAAGAAUCAGAAGCUAUCAUCGAUCAGGUGGAGUAUUAUCUUUCCGACGAGUACCUUGCCAAAGACAAAUAUCUCCUCCGACAAAUCCGAUGCAAAUCCGAGGGCUAUAUCUCCAUCAAGCUUAUGACAAGCUUCAAAAAGGUCAAAAAGCUCACAAGAGACUGGCGAGUUGUUCGACAUGCUCUCAAAUUAGCUCCGCAGCUGGAGGUUUCACCUGAAGGGUACCGUGUCAAACGACGAGACAUCCUUCCGGAAACCCUCCGAAAGCCAAGACUGCUCACUUCUGUUGUUGCGAUCCGAGUGCCUCCAGAGUUCGACAGCGUUGACCAGAUCACCACCAUGUUCCGCGAGUACGGAGACAUCGGCCUCGUCCGACUCCUCCGGCCAGGCAAGGAGGUUCCUUCUGACUUGCGCAACUACGCCACCCAAGUGCCGGACAUUGGAGACAGCCUCUGCGCCGUCGUUGAUUUUGAAAGCUCUGAAGCAGCCCUCAAGGCUGUCAGAGAGCUCAAAGAGAAUUUCUGUGAAACUGGAAUGAGAUUGGCCCUUUUGGGACCGCGAAUGCGAAGAACUCUUUACAGACAAGAUCGACUUGCUGCUCAGGGCAAGCUUGGAUCUGACGAUGAUAAAUCUAUCAUUUCUGGCUCCUGCCAAGAUUCUGGACAUGGAGACAAUCUCUCAGAGAUCUCAGAUGACAACUCAGGAAAGCUUAGCCCUGGUUUUGCUACUGAAAAGGUCUUGAAACGACAGGUAUCUCAAAUCCGAGAGCCAGUUGGACCAGGCACUGAUCAAAGCCGAGGAUUCGCUCUCGCCCGACAAAUGAUGUAA